AUAGAAAUAACAAACGAAACUAAGUUCUUUUCCGGAGACGCUUUCUCAGCUUGUUCAACUUGUGUUUGUUCAUUUUCUUCUUUCUCUUCUUCUUCACACUGUCUGCCCUAAUUGUACGAGAUUCAUCCUCAAUCGCUCCCGCAUGAAGAUCAGAUUGAAUUGGCGCGAUCGGAGAAGUCGGUCUGAGAAAAAACCCCAAAGAAAAGCUCGGGUAGAUGCAUUCACUCAGGUGAGUAUCUGAUUGACGAAAAUUUCGUUCAGGCUGAACCCCUAAACCCAAACCAUCGACAGCAUUGACGAUUUGAGGGAAAUGAGUGAACAAAAACUGGGAAUUUUCAGGGCGUGAUCGACAGAAAUGGACAAAAAACUUAGAUGCGGAUUCAGAACGGUUUCUGAGGAGCUUCGGUAGGGAUGAAGACGCCAUUUUUAACGGAAAACUGCCGAUCUGAUCACACGGCGAUAGAUUGACUCUGAUACGUAAAACCCUUUCCGUUGUCUUCUUUUGCUGUCUGCCGUCGCUUGCAACUCCGCCGUCGACGCCGUGCGGGAAGAAUGCCUUACGAGGACUUGUUCAAAUGCGUAAUCAUCGGAGAUUCAGGUGUGGGGAAAUCCUCUCUGCUCAUGCAGUUUACGGAGAAGAGGUUCCUGCCGAUGCGUGAUCCUACUUUCGGAGUUGAGUUUGGUGCUGCGGUUGUUUCCAUCGAUGGCAGGCAGAUUCAUCUCCAGAUUUGGGAUACUGCUGGUCAAGUUCCCUAUAUGUCCACAACUACAUACUACCGUGGGGCAGCUGGAGCAUUUCUUGUCUAUGACAUCUCAAGGAGAGAGACCUUUAAUCAGCUUACAAGCUGGCUGGAGGAUGCCAGGCACCAUGCGAACCCGAAUUUGACAAUCAUGCUCAUAGGAAACAAAAGUGAUCUUGCUCAUCAAAGAGCUGUAAGCCGAGAUGAGGGUGAAUAUUUUGCAAGAAAACAUGAACUCAUGUUCUUGGAAGCAUCAGCUAGCACAGGCCAUAAUGUUGAGGAGGCAUUCACAAAAACUGCCACCAAGAUAAUUCAGAAAAUGCAAGAAGAAGCCCUUGCCGUACCCAAUGAGAUAAUUCAGAAAAUGCAAGAGGGAGCCCUUGCUGCACCCAAUGAGCAUAUUCGAUCUGAAACAGAUGUUUCUGCCAAUGCCCGCGCUGUGGAAUCUAAUUGUGCAGAUUCAUCAACCGGUAUGGAGGACAUUGACAUUGAACUGGACAAGAUGGAAUUAAUUGCAGCAGCUGCUGGUUACCACCUUUACAAUAGCAUUACAAGGCGCACGGCUAAUGCCUCAUCACCAAAAGGCUCUGGAUUCAUGACUGAAGUGCUCAAUGGUCCCGAUGAUUUUUUCCGUGAAAUGUUUAGAAUGGACAAACAUGUAUUUCAAAAGCUGGGCAACACUCUUCGACACAGAGCCAUGUUGCGAGACACACCAGGUGUCAUGAUAGAGGAGCAAUUGGCUAUUUUCUUAAAUGUUGUCGGUCACAAUGAGCGUAACAGAGUGAUACAGGAACGAUUUCAGCAUUCUGGUGAAACAAUAAGUAGACAUUUUAAUAAUGUUUUGAAGGCACUCAAAUCUCUGUCACGUGAAUUUCUUCAGCCACCAUCUUCUGCAACUCCAGCAGAGAUCCUCAAAAGUAAUAGGUUUCACCCAUACUUCGAGGACUGUAUUGGGGUUUUAGAUGGAAUGCACAUCCCAGCACACGUUCCAGCGAAGGAUCAAUCGAAAUUUCGUAACAGAAAAGGUUUUCUAUCACAAAAUGUAUUGGUGGCCUGCACUUUUGAUCUCCAAUUCAUAUUUGUAUAUCCAGGCUGGGAAGGCUCAGCUGCAGAUUCACGUGUUUUGAGAGCUGUUCUCAGCGACCCAGAUCAGAACUUCCCUCCUGUUCCUGAAGGUAAAUAUUAUAUUGUCGACCUCAGUUAUGAUAAUAUGAUUGGAUUUGUUGCUCCUUACGAAGGGGUGCGGUAUCAUCUCCAUGAAUUUCGAGGUGCUAAUCUUUUGCCUCGGAAUGCAAAAGAAUUGUUUAAUCACCGACAUUCUUCUUUAUACAAUGCCAUCCAGAAAUCCUGUAGUGUUCUGAAGGAGAGGUUUCCAAUCCUCAAACUGGCUCCUCAAUACGCAUUUCACACACAGAGGGAUAUUGUUAUAGCUGCUUGUGUAUUACAUAAUUACAUUCGACGUGAGGAGAGGAAUGAUUGGUUGUUCAAUAGCAUUGAAAAUAGGACGCUGACCGAGUCUCCAGGUUUCGAUGACCCACCUGAUCUGCAACCACCUUUCUCAAUAAAUGAGCAGAUGGCAGCCUCACGAAGGGACUCGAUUGCUCAAGCUAUGUGGAAUGACUUCAUGAAUAAGUGGGAUGAAUGGUGAGGAAGGACCAAUAACUCUUGUACAGUCAGUUCUUUCAUGUUAUUAUACUUCUUACCACAUAACAAUUCGUUUCGAAGAACUACAAUGGAGCUUUGGUCACAUGUAGAUGGAAGAUUGAAAAAAAUAACUCUUCAGUAAGUCAUCUGCUACAUAUUGUAUUGGUCCCGUAUGAUCAUGGCCUUGUAGAGAUCAUUGCACAACUUUGUAUUUAGAUGUUCUAACAUUUACUCUUGAUAGCAGUUGGCACUAUGUGAAUAUGACAUUAUAAUUUGCAGUCCUCUGAUCUGAUUUAUUGUUAAAGUUAGUUUUACCCAA